AAGAUGAAGAGUUUGAUAUAAGGAAUGAGGGUGUGGAAGAAGGAAUGAGAAGGUGGCAGAUUUCACAGCCAUGUGUUGAGGUUGAGGAGGUGUGGAAUGUUGACAGAUGGCCACUCCUGCAAACAACAGUGAGAAGUCAGAUGACCCUGUCAACAGAGGCAUUUAUCAUGGUGGACAAUGCCAUACUAGAAAGAAGUGAUCAGAAGGCAGCAUCUGAAUCAAUAUCAUCUGGCACUGCUCAUAUUCAAAGUCAAAUAUCCCACUGA